AUGCCUACGAAACAAAAGGUUCUACUCCUUGGGGCUACUGGCGCAACCGGGAGUUCCAUAUUAGAUGGGCUACUAGAAACCCAUCAAUUCGAUGUCGAGGUUCUAGUACGGCCAGGUUCUGUCGAGAAGCCAUCUGUUCAGCAAAUAAAGGAUCGUGGUGUUCCACUGCGUGUGGCUGAUCUCAAUGCAUCGGAAGAAGAGCUUGUUUCUAUCUUGCAGGGUAUUGAGAUUCUGAUAAGUGCUAUUGGACCUCACGAUCUCCUGCAGCAAAAGACUUUGGUGAGAGCUGCAAAGUCUGCAGGAAUCAAACGGUUCACCCCCUGUGCAUUCAUCACAAUUGCCCCACCACAGGGUACAAUGUUGCUUCGCGAUGAGAAAGAGAUCAUAUACAAUGAGAUCAAAAGACUAGAGCUGCCCUUCACAGUCGUCGAUGUUGGGUACUGGCAUCAGAUUUCCUUUCCCUGCCUGCCAUCGGGGCGAGUCGAUUACGCAGCUUUGGUGCCCAACACCACUAUCCACGGCGAUGGCAAUGCCCCCAACAUACUCACAGAUAUCCGUGAUAUCGGCCGCUUUGUUUCACGAAUUAUCGCUGACGAUCGAACCUUGAACAAGUAUGUUUAUACUUGGGGUGAUAUUCUGACUGAAAACGAGAUCCUUAAUGUCGCUGAGGAAUUAUCAGGAGAAAAAGUCGAGAGACAAUAUGAGAGUGUUCAAGAAAUGGAGAAACGACUCGAAGAUGCCCAGUCCUCCCUUUCUCUUGAUCCGACAGAUCCCGGCAAGCGCACGUUGGUGUAUAUUACACAGUACGUAUAUAGCAAGUAUGUCCGCCAGGAUAACCAGCCUCGCUAUGCGAAAUACCUUGGCUACCUUGACGCAAGGGAGCUGUAUCCCGACUUUAAGCCAAUCUCUUUCCGCGAAUUCUUUACCGAGGUUCUCGAUGGAAAAGGCAAAAGACCCUAUGGACAUUAA